AUGCCUCGUCCUCAGGUAUACGGAAAACGCUCGCGAGCCAUCUACGACCCACUAGCCGCCCCUUUCUCCAGCCCAGAGCAAGCAUCAAAGCCAUCCAAACCCGAGAAGACGAAAGGGGUCGUCACCAGGACAUGUCAACUAGUCGUGGAGGAGAAGCCUGCCGAAGUCUCUCGGAGACCCAAGAGAGCUGCUCUCGGAGAAAAGAGCCACAAUGAGGUGGUGUUGCCAUUGGAAGCUGUCAAGCAGGUAAAGAGGAAGAGCAAGAAGACGGAAGGCAGAGCUGGAGGCGAGGAAAUCGUCGAGCAGAAGGGCAGGAGACUACGCAACAAUAGAUUGAAUGAAGCAGAGCCAGGUCCGAUCAAUUCGUCAUUACGAGACGUACCAAAUCAGAUACCUAGACCAGAGCAGUCGGCCAAGAAGGAAGAGAGCACGAGACAGCGGCGAACGCAUACAAGGUUCGACGAUGAAGGCACAGAGACGGUAGAGGUACGGACGAUCGAUCUUCCGAAAGAGCAGAAGCCCGCCGACGAGUCGCAACCGAGCGAAUACGAGACACACUGUCAGAGGCUCCUCGAUCUUUCGCCCCAUCCGUUGACAGGCUUCGACACUUGGUCCGACCAGCUAUCUGAGCACUUCGCCGUCACAAAGAUUGCAGAAGCCUCGUUCGGCGAAGUCUACCGACUCUCAUUACAAGAAGACAUCUCAGAGUUCACGAGCUCAGACGAAUCGGUCUUCAAAAUCAUUCCACUGCAGGCGCCAGAAAGUACACUACCUCAGGACAAGCGAAGGAGAGCAGCCGCUCGGAAGAAAGCGGAGGGAAUGACCAAGCCCAUGGACGUUGCGACUGAAGUCAAACUCCUACAGAGAAUGAGCGCGAUCCCAGGCUUCACGAAUUUCCGCGACGUGCGGAUUCUGCAAGGUCGGCCACCCGCCGCAUUUGCUGACGCGUUCAAACAGUGGAAUGCGGAACAGAAAGCAAAGAAGAAAGAUCAGAGCCAUUUCCCAGACCCGUCGAAGAGGAACAGCUACAACACGGACCAACUCUGGGCCGUGAUCGAAAUGCAGGAUGCCGGCACAGAUCUCGAACGAAGUGUGGAGAACGGCGACUGCACGUCCGUCUGGAAGGUCUGGGAUAUCUUCUGGCAAGUCGUCCUCUCCCUCGCGAAGGGCGAAGAAGGCGCUCAAUUCGAACAUCGAGACCUUCACCUGGGAAAUAUCUGCGUUCGCGCUGCUUCACACGGAGCCGCCGCAGACGUUGACAUUACGAGGAAACUCGGAUUCACGAGCCUGGAAACGACGAUAAUAGACUAUACCAUCUCCCGCUGCAUCAUGCCCGACUCCAGCAUCGCCUAUUCGGAUCUCUCCCGCGACGAAGCACUAUUCCAAGGCGACAGCACCGAAGAAUACCAAUACGACAUCUACCGCUACAUGCGCAGUGCUCUCUUCUUCGACGCGCCCAUGGCAGACUUCUACUCCCGGGAAUCGCUCAACGACCGUUCCUGGGAACAGUACCAUCCACAGACAAACCUUGUCUGGUUACAUCUCGUGCUUUACAAGCUACUGGAACAGAUCGACUGGCCCAGCGCCAGGAAAGCGCCCUCGAAGAAGGCGAAAAGGGCAGAACACGCGGUGUGGAAGCGGUCGUGCGAGUUGGAGAAGAUCUUGCUGAAGGCACAGGACCUUCUUGAUCCGGACGAAGUUUGCAGCAACGGGAUCAAUUCGGCAAGUCAUCUUGUCCUCACUGCUCUGACUGGGGGAUGGUUGGAUGUGGAAGACGUUGCUGGACAUGAAAUGGCCGAUGAGUCGGCCUUGAUCUCGCAAUUGGACGGACUUGCAUUGUGA